AUGUCAGAAUUGGGUCCUCUUAAUUAUAAUCUAGGUAUUGCAGUUUCCCGUAACUCAUCUGGUAUGAUGCUCUCACAUCAAAAAUAUGCCCUUGAAAUUCUAGAACAUGAUGGUAUAGGAACUUGUAAAUCUGCAGCUACCUCGGUUGAUACUAAGGCCAAACUUGGCGCUAAUUAUGGUCCUCCAGUUCGGGACCCUACGCUCUAUAGUAGUUUAGCAGGUGCUCUUCAGUACCUUACUUUCACUCGCCCUGAUAUUGCUUACCUGGUUCAGCAAGUCUGUCUCUUUAUGCAUGACCCUAGAGAGCCUCACUUUCAGGCAUUGAAGCGUAUUUUGCGCUAUAUUGAGGGUACUAUUGAUCAUGGGUUACAUUUAUAUCUUUCUGCUUCUACAUGUCUUAUUACGUACACUGAUGCAGAUUGGGGUGGUUGUCCUGACAUCCGAUGUUUGACUUCUGGCUAUUGUUGA